UUGAACAACUUCAAAUUUGAAAAAAAAAAUACUGAGUAAUUUUUUUUUUGUAAAGUGGUAAUAUAUUGAAAAUCAAAAAUGCCGGCCCGCGACAAAAACCAAGAACAAGAAGUUUUGCAAUGGAUCGAAGCCGUUCUAGGUGAGCCUUUGCCAAAAGGCGAAUACGAAGACAUCCUUAAGGAUGGAGUUGUCUUGUGUAAACUCAUAAACAAAUUGGCACCAGGCAGUGUCAAGAAGAUCCAGGAGAAAGGAACAAAUUUCCAACUUAUGGAAAAUAUUCAGAGAUUCCAGGCCGCAAUUAAGAAAUACGGUGUGCCACAAGAAGAAAUUUUCCAGACCGCCGAUUUGUUCGAAAGAAGAAACAUCGUCCAAGUCACACUUUGUUUAUAUGCUUUGGGCAGACUUACACAAAAACAUCCCGAAUACACAGGACCAUCAUUAGGCCCCAAAAUGGCAGAAAAGAAUGAAAGGACGUUCACUGAAGAGCAACUUAGAGCCCAUGAAGGAGAAUUGAACUUGCAAAUGGGAUACAACAAAGGUGCAUCUCAAUCUGGCCAUGGUGGAUUUGGUAACACUAGGCAUAUGUAAUUUGCUGAUUUUAUACGUAUUUCUGAAAAUAUUCCUCACAAGUCUGACGACGAUACAGAUUAGUAGAAUCGAGCACACUUUGUUCAAUGUUAUUCUGAUACAGACUCAAAAUUAACACAAACUAACAAAAUAUAAACGACAUUCACAAACACUCAUAACUAA